AUGAACCGAAAUGAACAAAAAGGAUGGGAUAUUCUUUUCCCAUUGGAAACUUUAGAAUAUUAUAUUGAAAAGUUAGGGGUGUAUCCUAAUUUCAAAAAGAAACAACAACUUCAUAAUCGCAUUACUCCCGAAUUAACCUUACAAAAAUGUAGUUUAGUAAACACGGAGGAUACUUUUCGCACUCAAUUAAUACUUUUUCUUGGAGCAGUUAUGGAUACCAAAAAUCCCCCCCAAAAUAAUGCUGAACAACGCCAAGAAAAUCAGGAAGUAUUUCAGCAGUGGCUUCAUAAUAGCGGAAUAACAGCAUCUAAUUGUCCGACCAAAUUAAAACAUUUUCUAUUAGAGAUUAAGGAAAUACUGGAAAACCAAAGUGAUAAAAUUUACCACGAAACUACUGCCUACUUAUGGCGAAAAGCUAAAGAAAAACCCACUGAUCCACAAAAAGUCGCCAAAGUUUUUAAAGAUAUUGGAGGAAUAAUGGCUAAUACUCCUAAACUUUACAAAGUUGACAUGAAAGGUAAUGCCGCAGAAGGCAAAAAAAUCCUCGCCGAAAUCUCUAGUUCUCUUUCUGCCGAAGAACGAGAAAAUUUUCAUUUUCAUCCACCUUUCACUAACGAGGAAAAAGCCGAAUAUGAGAAGGAGCAAAAAGAAGGAAAAAAAUCCGACCCGAUUACCAAAGGUCAAAGAAUUAAUGCCAUCGAGGAAAUCAAAAAUGCCUUUCAAAGGGAGCCAAAACGUCUUACUGUUAACGAUUUAGACCCGGAAAACCAAGACUGGGAAAACGAAAUAAACCGCACCGAAAAAAUUAUCGAAAUAGAGAAUGUUAAAAGGCGAGUUUUGGCCGAUAUUGAAAAGAAAAAAUGUGCUGGUUGCCAAAAAUUGAAAGGGCAAUUGCUCGAAAAAGAAACUCAAAUUAAAACACUGGAACAGGAAAUUGCCGAGUUGGAAACUAAGUUAAGCCACGAGCCUAGUAAUGAUACCUAUAAAGCAAACUUGACUAAAAAAAAGUCGGAACUUUCCCGAGUUCAUGAAGAGUUAAAACAAUUAAUUUCGCCUACACCACGCCAAAACCACGAAAUUAAUUCUUCAAGUAGCAGUCCCUGGCCAUGA